UUUCGAGCUGAAAUAGCUGGUUUGAUUUCCACUGAUGACGUUUGCGUUGUCUUGCGUAUUUUAUGAGGAAAAAAUGCUUAAUGGGAGGGAGGACGUGACUUUUGUUUUCUUCUCUGCAGUGGGGGAGCCUUUAUCAAAGACUUUGGAAGUGUCAAUCGAUUCCUUGCAGAAGAUGAAGGAAGGGAAUAAGAUUUUUAUUGAGUUUUUUCAGUGAUCAGAAUAGCAAUGCCAAAUGCUUGUGUGAUUAAGAUUUUUUUUAAACUUUUUUUUUUUUUUAACGACUGAGAUGGGCUCUUAGUGCUUGAUGUGAGAAAAUAUUGGAGGCACAGGAACUGCAAAUGCAUUCACAAUUUGAUUUGCAUUACCCUCCUUUCCAGAGCUGUUUCUCGCUUGUAAAACACUUGGUAAAGGCGAAUCCCUCGUGUUUGGAGAGCAGGAUUGUUCUCAGAGAUUUACCGUAGGAGUUAAAACUUCUGAAAAAUCUGUUUACAAUGUGUCUGAACUGGAGCAUAGAGGACACAGUAGAGACUGUUAUCUGUUUACUGCUCAGAUAAGGAGGUGGAAUAGAUUGCUGGCCUGUUUCUGAACUCUGCUUAAUGAAUGGUUGCUAGGCAAAUUGCAUCUCAAUCAGCUUAAUCCUCAAGAUGUCAUUUACAGGUCUGCUCUUUGUGAGGGCCAGAACCGUGCGCUUUCAAACUGCACAGGCCAGAAAUUGCUAGCAAAGCAGCUUAGAAUAGCUUGUUCAAAAAUUCAGUGUACAUGUGCUGCUGAGCUGCCCAAUUUAAAGUGCCUGUUGUCGCAGGGCCGUCACUGCCUGGCCAUGCGCGAGAUGAGGCGUGCGGUGAUAGACAGGAGGCAGCAGCAUCCUUAGCACCGUUUCUGGAUCAGCACAGCCCACACCACCACGUUUUGGCACUGGAUUAACGUGAAAGAAAAGCGUUUCUAAAUGGGGACCGCACUGCUGACGUGAUGAAAGUGUGCAGAGGAGUGAAUGCCCCAUGUUGUGUUAGUGCCUGUCUGCCAUGCUGGCCUGUCUGCCAGGACCAGGCGACCUCUCCUUUCAGCUUCUUUCUUACACGCAGAUGAACACUGGACUUCAGAAAUGGGACACUACACAGAAAAUGAGAUCUGCACAGUAUCCUACCCCAGCAGAAUUGGAUGCUUAUGCUAAGAAGGUCGCCAACAAUCCGCUGACUAUAAAAAUCUUCCCGAACAGCGUCAAGGUUCCCCAGAGGAAACACGUACGCCGUACUGUGAACGGACUCGAUACUUCGGGCCAGAGGUACAGCCCCUACCCAUCUCAGGCCACCACCAAAACCGGCCUGCUGGCCAUAGUCAAAUCCCCAGCGAAAGGAAUCAUCAAGGACUUUGACGGGACGCGCGCGCGCCUGCUGCCGGAGGCGAUGAUGAACCCCCCCUCCACGCCCUACGUUGCACCAAGCACUUUAUCCCACCCCCAGGCGCUCGCUCGCCAGCAGGCUCUCCAGCAUGCACAGACUUUGCCGCACCCCCAGAGCAUCCCGCAGCACCCUCAGGGUAUUCCACAGCCACCCAGCUUACCGCACCCUCAGGGGAUCCCGCAGGCGCUGCCGCACCCGCAGAACGUGCAGCAGCAGCAGCCGCAGGGCUUGCAGCACCCUCAGCCCAUGGCACACCAGACCCUGCAGCACGCCCCGAACCCGCUGCUGCAGCCGGGUUUGCACGGAGGCAGAAAGAUGCCGGACGCAGACGCGCCGCCGAAUGUGACCGUGUCUACCUCAACCAUUCCCCUCUCUAUGGCUGCCACCCUGCAGCAGAACCAGCCACCGGACCUGAGCAGCAUUGUGCACCAGAUUAACCAGUUCUGCCAGGCCAGAGCUGGCAUUAGCACUACCUCAGUGUGUGAGGGACAGAUCGCAAACCCCAGCCCUAUAAGUCGCAACCUGCUUAUCAAUGCAAGUACCAGGGUAUCUACUCACAAUGUCCCUACACCCAUGCCUUCCUGUGUAGUAAACCCUGUCGACCAUGCUGCUGCUGCUAUUCCUCCUGCCUCUGUUAAUGUGCCCAUGGUCAAUAUUAACAGGGUGCCACCCGCCUACCAGAACGAAAUCAAAUCGGUUGCGUGGAACCAGCACCAGCUUGCACAUCUGCAGCAAAUGUGUGGGGAUGCUGCUGGGCCUGCUGGACUCGCAGGGAAGCACCCUCAGAGAGAGAUUGCAGGGCAGAGUUUCCCUGGCAAAACUUCCAACUACCCUCAAGAACUGUGCAUGGGCCAGUCCUUCAGCUUGAAGCCCCCCAUCGAGAAGCCUACACCUUCUCCUCCUGUGAACGGGUUGCAGGGACCUUUGCCAUAUACCAAUGGGCACUAUUUCCAGCCCCUCUGGAAUAACAUUCUGCCCACGCCCAACAGUGACAGCUCUGGGUCCCAGGACCUCACCAUGCCUUUCCAUGGGGGACAGCCAGCGGGAGCGACGCUGGAUUGUGCAGGAGGAACUCAUUACAGAGCUGGAGCUGGCCCAUCCAGCCAGAAUAAUGUGAUGCAGACCAUGGAUUACCUAAGUGGGGACUUCCAGCAGUCCUGCUUCCGAGACCAGAGCAUGGCCGUGCUGGGAAAAGUCCAUCGGCCUCCCAUGAACCGAGCACCUGAACCAACCGAUAGUCGAAAUCUUCAUAUUCAACACCCAGGGUAUAGAUAGGCUGCAGUCACUUUCACAGACAAAAAAAAAAAUUAUAGGUUUUAGUCUUAAUUUUAAUUAAUAAGCAAGGCGUUUUUAACUUGCAAACUUGUGUGAUCAUUAUAGUACCCAUUGGAAGAAGACAUACUGUAUAUUUAAAGAGCUUUGCUUAUAUGUUAUCUCUCUCCUUUAUGCAUCAAAUAUUUAACAUGCCUUUUGUGUCAAAGAAUUUCAUUACACUACUUCACGCCACAGCUGUUUCCUCACAGCAGAGUCCCCCUUUGUGCAGCUUUUUUUCUUUUUUUGCCUUCUGCUGAGCAGCUCCUCGCUGGACUGAGGUUGAGUUGCUGCAGGGUUUUGCAGCCACAUCUGUGCUCCAGUGAGAGUGAGGUAGUGUAGCUGCUUCCAUUUCCAUCUCAAUUUCCUCACAAGAUUAAGAGCAACAGAAUUUUGUCAGGGAGUAGGGCUUGUUUUCAAUUCAAAAGCCCAUUUCAUUAAUGCAUUAAACAUUGACCAUUUGCACUGUCUAGAGGCCUGUGUAAUUGAAAAAGAGCCUACAUUUGAAAAGAGCCAGCUAGGGGUAUGUAUUUAGGCUUUAAUAGAGAGAGAAGCUUUUCAGCUGUUUCUUGCCCACAUUUAUCAUUUAGACUUUGUCCAAAGUCAAAAGUCUCUGGCAGAUUUUUCUGACACUUUGUGUUUUCUGGACAGGGUAUGAGGAGGGGAACGGCGGGUUUGGGAUGAAGGCAGCCAUGGGGAGCUGCCUUUCUUCGUGUUCCCCCUCCCCAGUGCCCUUCCACCAGCCUCAAAGCUCGUGUUGUCUGAAUCCCUCGCUGCUAGGAGUCUGGCCAGCCUCGUGUGAAGGGAAUCCAGACCCACUGACAACUCCAAAAAGGGUUCAGCCACUUCUCUGGAAGCUGGAAUUACUGUCAGGGUGAGGAGAUGCAGCUCAGCCCAUCCCCGGUGCAGCGAGCGCUGUGGGAUGGGAGUUGGUUGGUCUGAAUCAAAGCUCCUCUCACAAGCCACUGUGGGAUUGACAGUCCCCUGUUCCUCUCCAUCAGAACACCCCAGCGGAUUUAAUGGAACAAUUCUUCUCCCUGGGAAUGAGUGAAGCUAUUUAUAACAUCCCUUGUUCCCAGGGUCUCGGUGCCUAACUCCUUCUGUUCCUUCCCCACGUCACUUCCAGCAGCCAGUUGAGUCAGUGACUGUAGGACACUAACUACUGGGUAACCUCAGCAUCUUGUUCUCCUCUGUGUACCAAAACAUCCCUUUCCUUUCUAACAGCCGAAUUUAUUGUAAGUAGAAAAUUCCUCAUCUCUGUUAACGAGACUAAUACUUGAACAUAAUGAUCACAAUCAAGUUUGGAAAUUAAAAAAAAAAAAAAAAAAAGAAGAAGAAGAAAAAGUUUAAAAAAAUAAAUGCAUUGAUUCUUUCUAUGUACACUGGCUAAAAAAAAUAUUGCUCUACACUGUAACUUUUAAGUGUAAUAUUUCUGUAUGAAUGUCGCCUGGUAGUGUGGGUUUGAGUAGCAAUGUGUAUGGGUGAACCCACUGGCCUCUGCCAUCCACUGGCCUCCCUCACAGCCCUUGGAAAAACAAAGCCUUAAGUAUUUGCUCCUUGAACUUUCCUUAAUGAGCAUGGUUUAAAAAAAAAAUCUUAAAGACAUCAUACAAAAUUUAAAAAAAAAAAAAUUAAAAAAAAAGUUUUGAAGUGACGUCAUAGUUGGCUAGAGAUUCUUAAAAGUUUUUCGUAAAUGGGAAAAUUAGAAAACAUUUAUUUGUAUUUUUUUAAUUUAGAAUGUGUAGUCCUGGGCUGUAACAAAUAUUUAGGUUUCAAAGCUUAGCAGAGUACAUUUCUGACUCCUUGUAAGUUAGUACACUUAUAUCAUGUCAUUAUUUAAAUUCUUUUAAGUGUACUAUAACCCGUUCUUUAGUGGUAACUCCUGAGCAAAGUUAAGCAAUUUGACUAAAGACGGAUUAAAUUAUGUGUUGGCUUGUGUUGCCUUAUAUUUAAAAAAAGGAAAAAUUGCCUGAUUGUGUUAUGCCAAAUGAUAGCAACAUGAAGUCCUAAUUUAUUGUUUAUAAUCGUAUUCCUGCAGUCUUUGUGAAAACUGGUAAAUAUACAUCUAUGAAAGAACGAAAAUCCUGAGGCUUUUCAUGCAAUAUUUUUCUGAAUCCAUUCUGUUGGAGCCAGAGUUCGAGUCUGAAGCUGCUUCCCCUACAGUCACCCCGUCGUUUUCCCCAUCCCAAACCCAACCCCAGCGAGGGCUGUGCUCUGACCUCACCCCUCCCUGCCCAGUCAGUCACUGUAAGGUGUUCUGCUCCUUUUUACUAAAUCAAACCUUGGCCUCUCCUCUGGUCCGUAGCCUGCUCCAAAUCUUAACCCAGACUGUUAACUAAAAGCUAAUUUUUAACUCCUGCUCUUCUCCUGAGAGCCUGAGCAGAGUCCUGUGCCGUGGUGGUGGUUGCCUGGCAGGUGUUUGGUGGUGUUGGCAGCACGCUGUGAGUUUUUGGGGACUGUUCUGCACAGGUACAGCCACGACCUCCGAGGCUUUGCCCCGGUACAGCAGGACCGGGAAGCAAAAUUCCUGCUGAGACUCAUCCAGGUGGGACAUUGCUUGAAAAAAAAAAUAAGAAUCAUUUUACUAUUAAAAUAUACUGAAACCUUUCCUUUUGGUCUGGCAGUGAGAUUUUUCUUUGAACCGACCCUUUUCACCUCUGCAGCAGCCCUGUUGUGGUGGG